AUGACGGGCGCCGCCUCGCUGCUGCUGCUCCAGCGCGGGGGCCGCGGCCUCCUCCGGCCCGGGGCUCGCCUCCCGGGCAGCGCUCGGAGGACUCUGGCCCGCCGCCCCCCCGCGGAGCGCAGGCCAGGCGACGACCUUCCGGCAAGCGGACGGGCUUCCCUGACCUGCCCCCGCCCUGCCUUUCAGCCCUGGCCGUCCGCCGCGCUCUCGGGGUGCUGCUGGACCCGGACCGCCUGGACCCCCGCCCGGCUGUGGAGGCUGCUUGGUGGCACCUGCUGCUAUUUUUCUACCUCUGGUUCUCAUCGCAAUGACCGAAGUGGGGGAAAGCCCAAAGGGAAAUCCCCAAAGGAAGAUGAGGAGGAAAAGAGACGCCGAGAGAGGGAAGACCAGAUGUAUCGUGAGCGGCUGAAGGUCCUCUUCUUCAUUGCCAUCAUCAUGAGCCUGCUGAACUCGCUGACCAGCAGUGCGGGCAACAUCUCCUGGAACGACUUUGUGAAUGAGCUGCUGGCCAAGGGGGAGGUCCAGAGUGUGCAGGUGGUGCCGGAGAGUGAAAUCGUGGAAAUCUACUUGCACCCAGGAGCCGUAGUCUUUGGCUGGCCAAAGCUGAGCCUGACCUAUGUGAUGAAGGUGGCAAACAUUGACAAGUUUGAGGAGAAAUUGCGAGCAGCCGAAGAGGAGCUGAACAUCGACCUAAACGACCGGAUCCCCGUCUCUUACAGGCGCAGCAGCUUCUUUGGAAAUGCCCUCUACACCUUGGGAAUGACUGUAGUGAGCGUUGGCAUUCUAUGGUACAUUUUUCGGCUGGCUGGCAUAUCAGGAAGGGAGGGCGCCUUCAGUGCCUUCAAUCAGCUAAAAAGGGCUCGCUUCACAAUCGUGGAUGGCAAAUCUGGGAAAGGGAUCAGUUUCAAGGAUGUGGCAGGCCUGCACGAGGCCAAGAUGGAAGUCAAAGAAUUUGUGGAUUAUCUGAAGAGUCCGGAGCGCUUCCUCCAGCUGGGUGCCAAGGUGCCCAGAGGUGCCCUUUUGCUUGGACCACCAGGCUGCGGCAAGACCUUGCUGGCAAAAGCGGUGGCUACAGAGGCCCAGGUGCCAUUCCUGGCAAUAGCUGGCUCCGAAUUUGUGGAGGUGAUUGGUGGCCUUGGCGCUGCCCGCGUGCGGAGUCUCUUCAAGGAAGCCCGGGCUUGUGCUCCGUGCAUCGUUUAUAUAGAUGAAAUAGACGCGGUUGGGAAAAGGCGCUCGACAAACAUGUCUGGCUUCUCCAACACAGAAGAGGAGCAAACCCUGAACCAGCUGCUGGUAGAAAUGGACGGGAUGGGGACCACAGACCACGUCAUCGUGCUGGCAUCCACCAACCGAGCUGAUAUCCUGGAUAACGCUCUCAUGAGACCUGGGAGGCUUGAUCGUCACAUUUUUAUUGAUCUGCCCACUCUGCAGGAGAGAAGGGAGAUCUUCGAGCAACACCUGAAGGGGCUGAAGCUGUCCCAGCCCAGCAGCUUCUACUCCCAGCGGUUGGCUGAACUCACCCCAGGCUUCAGCGGAGCUGAUAUUGCCAACAUUUGUAACGAGGCGGCUCUCCACGCUGCCAGAGAGGGAUACAAAUCCAUCGACACGAUCAGUUUUGAGUGCGCUGUGGAGAGAGUAAUUGCAGGAGCUGCCAAGAGGAACAAGAUCCUUUCACAGGAGGAGCGGAGGGUGGUGGCGUUCCACGAAUCGGGCCACGCCUUGGUGGGCUGGCUGUUGGAGCACACCGAAGCAGUAUUGAAAGUGUCCAUAGCUCCCCGCACAAACGCUGCGCUGGGUUUUGCCCAGAUCCUGCCCAAGGACCAGUACCUCCUAACCAAGGAUCAGCUCUUCGAGCGGAUAUGCAUGGCGCUGGGGGGCAGAGUCGCGGAAGCCAUCACCUUUAAUAAAGUGACUACAGGGGCCCAAGAUGACCUCCGGAAGGUCACCAGGAUAGCCUACUCGAUGGUGAAACAAUACGGAAUGAUGCCGGCCAUCGGCCAUCUGUCCUUCCCAGAGAGGGAAAGCGGCCCAGGGGUUGGACGGCGCCCCUUCAGCCAAGGGUUCCAGCAAAUGAUGGACCAUGAAGCGAAGUUGCUGAUAGCCCAAGCGUAUAGGCGCACAGAGAAACUGCUGAUGGAUAACCGGGACAAACUGAAGAUGCUGGCAGAUGCCCUGCUGGAGAAAGAAGUGAUCAACUACGAUGACAUCGAAGCCCUUCUUGGCCCUCCCCCCCACGGACCCAAGAAAACAAUCUCCCCGCAGAGCUGGAUUGAAGCAGAGAGAGACAAGCAGGACAGAGGAGAGGAAGAGCCGCAGCCUCCCCAGUCGCCCAAUUACAAGGAGGAGCAGGAGCCUCACCUGAACUGUGUUUGAAACCUGAGCAUGAAGCGAGUAGCCGGUUGAAUUCAGGUUUUUCUUCCAAAUGUAGAAGUGCUGGGAAGCCUCCUCAAUCCUGCCCAGUUUGGAUGUGGGCAAUAGGCAGGCCAAAUCGUAAACUCGAGGGUUACUCCAGCUUUAACAACAGAUCUGGAUGCUGCUUACAGAGAGGAGGAGGACAGGCCCAAUUUUGGUGGGUGGUUCUGCCCAAAGUUAAUUUGAAUCUCCUGUGGGAGAUGGUAGUUCCCAGUUCUUGUUUUUGUUCACAUCUGUCCAAAGCAGUGUGUGCCACUUGCAGGAUUAUCUCACUUCCAUCUCUCCUAGUAGGAUGCUGGGUUCCUCUCUGGAGCACCUUCCCAUGCACUUGGAUGGGAGAGGGACUCUGGCUCGUACACUCGCACUGAUCUAUGUCAAUGCACAGAGGCAUUUUACAGUUUCAAAAUAGGCCCUUGCAUUGCAGAGUUGAGAAAAGCAACUAUUUUAGUUCUGCUACAUAAGCGCCCCCUUUUGCAAGGCUCCAUUGCCUCCUGUGAGCAGUGUCUGCCAUCCGGUGGUCUGCUGAGGAACCUGCACCACAAUUUGUUCUGGUGGAGAAUUCAGGUUAAGUCACCCAGUUCCUACCUGGUGAUAUUGGGCAUUUUUCCCAAGGGAAAUCUGAUUCACAUGCAACACAAUUAAAUGGUUCUUGGCAAGGGAGAUAAAGAUACUGGGAAUUGGGGCUCAGCAGCAUCUAAAGUGAGGCCACAAGCUCCCUACCCUUGUCUGCAGCCUAGCAACAUCUUCAUGAAAACCCAUUUGUCAAAUUUGGGAACUGCAGCAUAAAUGAAGUGGAAUUUUAGGGUACAUACAUGUAAUUGCUUUUUUUUUACACUGGAUAAUCUUGUAUUUUGUUUUCAACAGGCCGCUGUAUUUCAAUAAAGAUUCAGAAGUGCAGA